AUGUCUAAGCACCCCAUGUUUGACCUCUCCAUGAGCAUACUCAUCAUCAUCAACACGCUGCUGUUCGCCUUUGAGGCGCAGUACAAAGGCUUCAACCUCGCCCAGGCCCUGGGCUUGAGCGAGGAGCAUGCGGAAGAGGUCUGGCCCGGCGCGCGGGACUUCUUCGAAAACUCCGAGAUGAUCUUCGGGAUCAUCUUCACUGUGGAGGUGGCUGCGCGCUUACUCUUGGAGCGGCUGGGGUUCGCCUCGGACUGCUGGAACUGGCUGGACUUGAGCAUCGUCCUGUUCUGGCUCUUCUCGAAGACCGGGUCGGUCCUCCCGGUCAACAGCCAAGUCCUUCGCCUACUGCGCCUCUUCCGCCUGCUGCGCAUGCUCAGCCUUGUGCGGAAGAUCAAGGAGUUUGACGCGCUGUUCCUGAUGACCACCGCAGUCCGCAGCUCCUUUGGAGUGCUGGGCUGGACCGCGGCGCUGCUCUUCGUGUGCCAGAUGAUGUGCGCGCUGGUCAUCCAGCAGGCCCUGUCCAGCUUCUACUUCGACGGGCAGAACCUGGCCACCUUGAACGAACAGAAAGAGGUGUACGAGUACUUUGGCACUUUCAGCCGGUCUCUGCUGUCGUUGUUCGAGAUGACCUUGGCGAAUUGGCCCCCCAUCUGCCGGCUGCUAGUGAACAACGUCAGCGAGUGGUGGAUGAUCUUCUGCUUGCUCCACAAGCUGACUAUGGGCUUCGCAGUGAUCGGGGUGAUCAAUGGCGUGCUGAUGCAGGAGACCUUCCGAGUGGCGCACACGGACGACAACGUCAUGGUUCGGGAGAAGCAGCGGGCCAUGCGGGUCCACACCACGAAAAUGAAGGCGCUCUUUGACGAUGCGGACACCUCUGGGGACGGGAAGCUGGACAUCGAGGAGUUCAAGGCCAUCCUGCUGGAUUCGGACGUCAAGAUCUGGCUGGCGGCGAUGGAUUUGGACGCCAGUGACGCGGAGGAGCUCUUCGAGAUGUUGGACGACGGGGACGGGCGCCUCACGGCGGAGGAGCUGGUCAUCGGCGUCUCCAAGCUGCGGGGCGGCGCGCGGGCCAUGGACCUCAGGAAGCUGUUUCCGGGCGCGAAGGCUUGGGCCAAAGAUGUGGUCCCAGAUGGCAUCUUGGAGGUGGAACUGGAAGAGAUGAAUGCGGCGAAAGAUGAAGAGAGAGAUGAAUGGGACGAACACCAGGUGGGUGUUUACCUUUAG